GCCAUACUUGUUUUGGAGUUUUGAACUUUUUAGUGACAAUUAAAAUACCUGGAUUUACAUCGGAAUCUCAUUGUAUGUUGAUCUCAAAGUGGAUGAUAUCGAUUAAGACAUGUGAAAUGGCUUGACCAAGAGGAACAAAACUUCAUUCCUCAACCCUGAAUAGUACAAAUAUACGCAGAGUUAAUGAGAUUGUGGGCUUCAUCAAACCUGAAAUGAUACUAUCAUAGAAAGAAGGGACAUCUUUUGUAGUGAUAUUUGACAAUGCCAGUUUUGUGACUGAAGCCAAUCUACACCUAACUCUAGCAAGAUGGCUACCUCAGGUGAUGUCACAAUGGUACCAACGACGUCCUAUGAACAGGACUUAUCUGCCGAUACAACAGUAUCAUCAGAUGGCCGGGAAAAGAAGAAAAAGUUCCAUCCUCUGCGUGCCAUGAAGCGUUUGUUCAGCAGAAAGCGUACAAAGUCACGUGAUGACGAGAGUGUCAGUGUUAUAUCAGUGAAGGCCAAGUCAACCAGCGCACUACACGCACAUAUGGAGGAAGAUCCGUACCCUGGCAGAGGGGGUAAUGCUCCUAAUUUGAACAGCCAAUUGAGCAUGUCUGCAGACAGCAUCUUCCCCCUUGACCCCAAGGCUGUUGAUGACCUGGAUGCUGCACAUUCAAUGGAGGCCCUGAGUUCUAGAGAUAUGAAGAGUGAAUUAUUCCAAAAGAUCGCAGCACGUCAUAACUCUGAUGACGAUGGUCUCCCAGGCAGCCCUAGCAACCCUCCCUUGACAACUGUUGAUGUCUUAUAUGGUGGUAGUCUUCAGGGAGGUGUUGAAAAAGCCAAUAGAGAGAAUAGCAUGGAGAGUAUACAAGGAGAAGAAUCAAUAGAGGAUUUCUUCUCGAGGUCCUUUCCUGCGUCUUCCAGCAGUGGUGCAAUUUCUGAAGAUCCUGUAGGUGAGAUGGAUUUCAACGCAGUCAGACGUACCAACUCACUCAGCACGUCUGCCGCUCGUCAUAAGAUGUCUGUUCGUCCCAGGAAGAAGCAUCAGCCUGCCUCAACUAGGAGGCGUCCAGACGUGCUGCCUGAUAAGAGUAAAAGCCAGUCAGACUUGCCAUCAGUUGGGGAGGAAGAAGUGUCCAUCAGUACUGUGACAGUUACACAGGAGGCACCAGUAACUCAAGUGGCGCCAUCUAAGACUAAGAUUGCCUUAAAGCCUCCCAAACUUGGCCCUAAGAGGACCACUUCACCUGAGAAAUCUGUUCAAAGCACAACAACAGCCACCAUCACGGCAACAACUGAGGUGGUUUCCAAUGCAACGCCUGAGAUGGUUUCCAAGACAACACCUGUAACGGUUUCCAAGGUAACCCCUGAACCUGUUCCCAGUCCUAAAGCAAGCUCAGCAACCACUGCUACCAAAGUGACCAGUGAAGUUACUUCAACAGAGUCUGCAGGGGAAAAUAAAGUCACUAAAGAGGAGGUGAAAACAACUAAAGUCACUAUGGAAGAGGUGAAAACAACGACAGCAGAGGUGGUUGUUGUAACAAGUGAAGACAAUAAGGAGAAUGAGAGUGUACCACCAGCUGGUGGUGUUAAACGAAGGGACAAGGAGACGCCAAAAGAACAGACAAGUCCAGGGAAGCCACGUCCAACAUCUAUGUUUGAAAGCCACAAAAUGAGGCAAGCAUCAUCAGAAAAGACAAACUGGGAUGAUUUGGGUAAACCCAAAGACGUUAAAUCUGAUGAUGAACAGCAAAGUAGCCAACCAGAAUUUGCUCAAAUGCUGAAUAAAAUAAAACGCAAGUCAUCUUGGAAACAAGAUGGCGACAUGAAGGUCAAGGACAUUGAGAUAUCCUCAGCAAAAGAACCAAGUAGCCCAACUAAAGGCCAGUCACUGAGAUUUACUUCCCCGACUCCAGGCACCCAAAACACAUCCAAACCUGCUACAACUGUACAGGUUGAGAUAUCUGACAACAAACUUGAACCAAAAACUGAAAUUAAAACUGCAACUGUUGAAAAAGUGGCUCAGAUAAAAGAAAAAAGUGUUGAUAUUACUGCUACAACUGAAACAAUCACAAGUGAUAGUGACCAGUUUAAAAGGAGUGCCCCAAAAGACACUGUUGAGCGCAGGGUGCAAUCAAGGAGUAAGACUCAGCCCGUUGGGUCUGUAAGCGUAGGUGGUGAGGCUGCCAGAAAAAGCUUCAAUGAGGCAAGAAAGAGUUUUCAUGAGGAUGAGGUAAAAUCGAUGGUCAAUACUCCAUUAUUAAAAUCAGACCCAAAGACUAAAGAAACUACUAAGAUUGAAUCUAAAUCUAAGCAAUCAACUUCAAAGAUUGAAUCCAAAUCGAAAGAAACGAUUAAAGUUGACAUUAAGGAAGUAACGAUAGAGGCAAAACCAAGUAAGCCUGAACUUCCAUCUAAGCCAGUUUCAUUAAAAUCAGAAAGUGUUAAACCAACCAAGCUGGUUGAUGCUACGAAACCAGCUGAGACACCAGAGGUGAAACCAAUUGAGGUUGUGGAGGUGCCAAGUAAGGAUGUUCCAUCUUGGGUUGCCAUGGCGAAAAAACGUGCAAAGGAACGUGAGGAAAAAGAUGGCAGCACUAGUACUGCCACAACGAAGCAACAAAAGCAAGCGGAAAAUAAAGACAAGCAAAUUGAAAUGCAGUCUAAGAGUGUCACCAUUACAAACUCUAAGGAUAUACAAUCUCCAACUACAACUCAAUCUAAUAAAACAUUUGGGGGAAGUAACACGGAUAAAAGUAAAUCGACCAAUGAGGUGAAGCCUAGUGAAUUUAAGGCUCCAUCUAUACGAAACAUGAACUUGGAGAUUAAAUCAUCAACGGAAGACAACAAGAAAGAGGUUCUUAAAUCUCCUACCCCUUCAACUGAUGGAGAGAACUGUAGCUCUGAGCUGGCCAGGAGGAAGUCAAAAGUUCUAGACAUGGUGAAAAACUUUCAGAAAUUGGAAGUCAAUUAGGCUUUUAUGACAUAUACCCAAACAAGGGCAACGCUGAUUGCUAGGCAUGUGCCAGUGUGGCCUACUACAACUAAGCAUGUGCUUACAUAACCCAGAAUUAGUAGGCAUGCCCAGAGCCAAUAGUAGACUGAUACUUAUUCAUGUUGUGACUGGAAUGUUUGAAAUGGAUUAGCCUACACCCUACAAGGUGGAAAUAACAUGUAUCUCAUGAAAAUAUGGAAUAUUGAAAUUCGUUUCAAUUCACAUGGAAAAUACUGACUGAAGUCUGUUUCAGUACAAAUAAUGUCUAAAGUGCACAAAAGUAAAAUAUUAAAAAUGAUAUGGUAUGUACUACAUGUACUUAUAAAUGAACAGUCCCUUCUUUGAAUGGAUUACACAUUUUUCGUGGAUAUGAGUGGAGUAACUUGGAUAUGAGUGGAGUAUCUUGGAUAUGAGUGGAAUAUCUUGGAUAUGAAUAGAGUAUCUUGGAU